CUUCUGGUGCCAGCAUGGAAGGACUGAAAAGUACUCCGGAGACGGGCACGGCCGCCCUUUCCGAGCCGCGGACUGGGGAGCUCCUGGGAGAUGAAUGUUAUGCAGACUUUUUGCGGGAAGACUUUGACGUCAAGGCCUAUACCUCCCAAUCAAUUCACCAGGCUAUUAUUGCUGAACAAUUAGCAAAGCUUGCUCAAGGGAUCAGCCAGUUAGAUAAAGAGCUCCACCUGCAAGUAGUUGCGAGGCAUGAGGACUUGCUGGCACAAGCAACUGGCAUAGAGUCUUUGGAAGGAAAGAUUAACACGGAAAUGAAAUUGACAGCCUUCGAUGUUUUCUAA